UAUAUUUUUAUAUUUUGUUUUAUUAUAUUUUGUUUAUUUCAGUUUGGAUGCUGCCUUAGAAGAUAGCUGUCUUUGUAGAGACUAACCAGCAAGACAGCUCAUUUGGUUUAGAGCCUUGUUAGACAUUUAUUAGACAAGUGUUUUACUGAUUAUUCUGAAGUCAGAGCACUUUUGAAGGUUUAAAAUAAAUGUUAGAUUCAUUGCUGCUCACUUGUUGAUCAAAACUCAGAAUCCUAACGAACUGUCAGAAAUGAGAAGGCAGCAAUGAAUCAAGUUAUGGUGGAUUGAUAUUUAAUCAGAUCAGUGAAAUCCAAAAUGACCUAGCAUUGCUCUUAGAGGGACAACAGCACCAAAAAGAAUUUGUAUUCCUGUCUGAGUCAAACUUUGACCGAAUAACAUUCUGUAAUGAAUGACAGAGUGGUAAUAUCAGAAGGACUGAUGGAAAAUCAGUCAUGCACUGUGAUUGUAUCAAGCUUUAUAUGCAGGCCACAAACAAAAACAGAGUUUCAGUGUCGCGCGUCUGGGUUUUUUGGCUAUGAAAUAGAGACGUGUGUCUAGCGUGUGCUGUGUGUAUGUGUUUUUCCUCAUGACAUCAUUGCACUUCGUUCUCACACUCCAUGGGGGCAUGAUGAAAUGUCUCAUCUCUAGUUGUUGAGGGGGUGAGAGAAGCCCAGCGCUGAAAGAAUGAAAUGUUGCUGGUGUGAGUGCUGGGCUGGAUGUGUGCCGGCUGGGUAGCGAGGAGAGUCCUCUCCUGCUGAGCUGUGGAAAUGAUUUCAGAUAGCCCAAUGUGAGAGACAAAUGGGUGUUGUGAGUAAACUUGGACUGUGAGAACAUGUAUUUUAUACCUUCACAGACCAACCGAAGCAGCAGGGGUGUCAUGCUCAUAUGGAUUUUCAGGGGAUCCAGGCUCAAUUGCUACCUUAGGCGAGAUAAGACAUGACCACUGGGAAAAAAACACUUUUUUAGUAAUACUGUCAGGACCACUAUCGUCAAAUAUGAUUGAUAAUUGCAUAGAGUUUGUAUUGGCGGUAUGGUUCUGUUCUGGGCAGGAACUCCCUGCGCAUCCAUGCAGCCUAGCAUGGAUAAAAGCAGGGAGAGCAGCAAUAACCCCCCUAGGGUAAACAGAACAGAACCAACUUAUGCAGAUAUAAUUAAUGUCAAUAAUUUAACAUGUACACAUAUUUCAAGAAUUAGUUUGAUUCAGGGGAAUCAUAAGGCCAAUCCUGACUGAAGAGAGGAGGAGCUGGGGAUGGAGGGUAAUUAGCUCCUGAGAAUGCAAUAGCUGCUGAUAAUACUGAAGAGCUUAUAUAUGGAUGCUGUGAUAGGCGUCGUAUCCUAUAGGUAGACGUGAGUCACCUGGGAGUCAGCUGAUGCGAGCUUGACUGACGUGACCUGCCAGAACUGACGCUAACGCUGGAUUUCUUAAAAUAAGUGUGAGACGACUAGUAGAUAUUUUUUUGUUCUUAUUUGAACUUAUUGAUUCAUAAAAUUCAAGACCAAAAGAAAUUACCCCUUAAAAACAUGUGUACUGCAAAAAUAUUAGCAAGAAAGCAAUUCUUUCUAUUAAGAUAUAGCACACGUCAACCAGAAUUUGCAAACAGUGUAAUCUGAUUCCUGAACAAACGAUUCUUAUCAACUGGUGCUUUAUAGUUCAGCAGAAUCAUAUAUUGGUAUAGUCUGAUUUACGAAUAAAAGACUCUUAUGACCUGGUUCUUUUUAGUAAAUCAGAAACAUAUAGCGCAACCAGUGUAGUCUGAUUCCUGAACAAAUUACUAUUUUGAGCCAGUCCUUUUAAAGGAUUAGUUCACUCCAGAAUUAAAAUUUCCUGAUAAUUUACUCACCCCCAUGUCAUCCAAGAUGUUCAUGUCUUUCUUUCUUCAGUCUAAAAGAAAUUAAGGUUUUUGAAGAAAACGUUCCAGGAUUUUUCUCCAUAUAGUGGACUUCAACGGGUACCAACGGGUUGAAGGUCAAAAUUGCAGUUUCAAUGCAGCUUCAAAGCGCUCUCCACGAUCCCAGCCGAGGAAUAAGGGUUUUAUCUAGCGAAAUGAUUGGUCAUUUUGUCAUUAUUGUUGUGUUUUUUUUUUUACUUUUAACACUCCAAUAUGCUGUGUUUUCCCAUAUAUAGCUGCUUGGUUCAGAAGUGACCUCUGAGUAAGCAGUGCUUCACUAUUGACAAUGGACAACUGGCCUACUUAAUUUUCAGCAUUACUUUCAGUGAUAAUAUAUUUUAAUUAGGGCUGUCAAGCAAUUAAAAUUUAAAAUCAAAUUAAUUACAUGAUGUGCAGAUGAAUUUAUCUAAUUGAUCACAAAUUAAUCGCACAAUUUGUCUGAGAAAUUACCCCCAAAAGAUCUUUAAAGUCAUUAUUGCGUUAAAUGAGAAAAGCAUCAGAUAGAUUUUAUAAAAAGUAACUUUAGAAAUAAAUAUUUUAUUUGGUUCAACAUAAACUUUAUUAAGCAAACCUUUAGGCUCCAAUGGCCUGAAUUCAAAGGAAACAGUAAAUGUCUUAAUGAGUAAGUCAUCGAGUCAUUCAUUCAUUCUAUUAGUUCAAACGGCUGAUUUAUUCAGGAAUUAAGUAAAUGGUUUCUUUAUGAAUGGGCCAUUGAAUCAUUGGUUCACCCAGUUCAUUCAAAACGUGGAUUCAUUCAAAAUCAAAACUAAACACCACUGUGUGUUGUUUAGAGACAUACUACAGUUCUGCUGUGGCUUUGUAGGUAAUAUUUUCCUUGGCAAAAUUGAGCAAAAACAGACAAUGUGGUGUCUAAAAUACAUUGCACGGCAUAAAUGAGUACUCUCCCUCUGAACAAAUACAAAAUAUGUAUUUUCUUUAUGAUCACUAAUACAAUUCAUGGACAGAUGGCAAAACUAAAAUGUAUUAAACAUAAUAAAAACUGAGAAAUAUAUGUCAUUAAUAGUCAUAAAAUAAGUUCAAAUUAGCCAAUUUUGUUUAAAUUAAGGAUUGCAGAAAUGAGUACACCCUAGAUUUAAUUCAACAAAUGUAUAAUAUUCUAGUACUUAGUAUGCCCUCCAUAAUUUUGAAUAUAUUUCUCUGACCCUUCUUGGCAUGGAGUGUACAAGUUCAUGACAAAUUGUCACAUCUCCUGUUUAACUCCUGGAUGAUGAGCUCCUUAAAUGCCUUUAAUGGGGAGUGUUGCUCAACUCGUCUCUACAGAACAGAAUCUCCCACAGGUGCUCAAGAGUGUUAAAAUUGAGUGCAAUACAUGUUCACAGAAGGUUUUUCACCUUGGGAGAAUGCAUAUCCUCAUUGUCAUGUUGAAAAAAUGCCCAACAAUGCAGGGAAUGAGGAAAGGGUAACAUCUUCUGUUUCAAGUUUGUGUAUUAAAUUACACAGUGGUGUGGGAAUUCAUGACAGCAUUGAUAAAGCACAACUUCCUCACACCUUCAGCACUCAUACAUCCCUUUAUAAGAGCUUUACUACCACUGAACUUUACUGUGGGAUCCAGGCACUUGUCACUGUACUCCUCCUCUAGCAACACCAUAACAUUUUGGAUGCUGUUAGAUCCAAAAUGAUUGAUUUGGUCUCAUGAGACCAGAGUAUUGAUUCCCAGAAUCUAUAUUUUGUAAAUAUGGGCAUUGGAAAUGGCUAACUGACUUUAUUGUGAUUUGGCUACAGUAGGUAGUUCCAGUGAGAACAACAACCAUACAUGUCAUUUUUUCAGGCUGCAUCCUACUCUGUGAGAUAAACAGCCACUCUUUUCAUAGCUUUUGCUGGCUCUGAGACACUCACUUGGUAUUUCUCCUGCUCUUUGUCUAGCAAAAAAAUCCCUCAUCACUAAAUAAAAGCGUAAAAUGAAGGCCUGAUUAUUUCAGGGGCCUUGUCACAAGUCCAUUGUUUUUGAAUUUCUGUGUUACUUUUGCUAUAUUUUCACACUUAAAACAAUGAUUUGGUAAUCCUUGUCUCACUGUCCUCUUUUGUGCUAAGAAAUAAGUCUCCUGACAGUUCUCUCCCAAGUGCUUCCAUUGUUGUCAGCAUUAAGUCUGAGAAUGAUUCAGUGGGCUAUAUAACACUUUUAAUUGUCAAGAAAUUACUUCUCUUUAAAUGUUUUGGCUCAACAUACUUACCUGUUGAUCAAACAUUGCCUUAAACUUACACCAGAAAGUUUAUAUUAUUGAAUGUAUAAAAUCAAUUACAUUUGCAUUUGUGCUAUUUGGGACAAAAACAGCACUCGUGUGAUAUUGCGCUCGUUACUUGUGUAAUAUUGCUUAAAGGAAGAGUAGGUAAUUUUCGGAGAGGCUAGCAAUAGUACCAAGGGAUUCCAUCCAUCCAUCCAUCCACCCAUCUGAAAUAAUAUUUUUGUGACUUUUUCUGCACAAGUUAUCAUCAGAAGAAUCACCCCUAAGCUUUUAAAAGGCAUUACAGGUUUGUUAGGUGCUUAUUAAAGCAUUUAGUCUUUUACCAGGGCUCAUUUGUGGCGGCUCCUCUGAGAGAACGUCAACACAGAGGCAAAAUGAGCUAUAGCCUGUGAGUUGCUACAUUCCCCUCAGCUGCUGUCACUGUGCCCAGUAUAUGUCAGCUGUUUAAAGGGAUGCAGACCUUUACUUUUAGGUCACUUCAAAUCUCACUUCUUCCUUGUUGUUUCUGGGCUUUGUGUCCCUGUGGUUGUGACGAGUCUGGUGCAGAGGUGUGCUAGAUGAUUUCAGAGCAAAGGAGAGUCUUUUGAUUUAUUACCGCUUUCAGCACUGCACUACUUCAUCUACAUUCAUAACUAUUAUUAAAUUAAUUAAAGAGCCUGUGCCCUGCUUAUGUUUCCAACACUUUUUCAAGUACUUUUUGUGUUUUCCCCUCUUCUCAUUAAUCAUAAUAAAAACAAAAUGUACUCUAUUUUUUGGACAAAGUACAAUAUUUUUGGACAUGGUCUUUGCAGUCCUUCUUUAAAAUAUAUCUUUGUUUACCCUGGGUCCAUGUUUGUUAUUCACACUAUGCUUUUUGCUUUUUUUAUUUAUUUAUUUUUUUUCUCUCACCAAUUUCACACUUAUACAUCUCUCUCUUUGUGUCUGUUUCUCCAUCAGGAGCUGUGUGAUGAUCCUCACUUGUUUGUGGAUGGGAUCAGUGCCCAUGAUCUGCACCAAGGGCAGCUGGGAAACUGCUGGUUUGUGGCGGCCUGCACCAGCUUGGCUUCCCGAGAGUCUCUGUGGCAGAAAGUUAUUCCAGACUGGAAGGAGCAGGAAUGGGAUCCAGAGAAGGAGGACUCUUAUGCAGGAAUUUUCCACUUCCGCUUCUGGCGGUUUGGGGAAUGGAUGGACGUGGUGAUCGAUGACCGUCUCCCUACAGUGGACAACCAGCUGGUGUACUGCCAUUCAAAUGAUAGCAAUGAAUUCUGGAGUGCCCUUGUGGAAAAAGCCUAUGCCAAAGUUUAUGGUUGCUAUGAAGCAUUGGAUGGUGGGAACACGGCUGAUGCCCUGGUGGACUUCACUGGCGGAGUGUCGGAACCUAUGGACCUUCUGGAGGGCCAGUUUGCUCAGGAUGAAGUCGCCAGAAACCAGCUCUUUGAAAGAGUGCUCAAGGUCCAUAAUCGAGAUGGCCUUAUCAGCUGCUCUAUCAGGGCAACCACAGUAGAGGACAUGGAGGCAAGACUGGACUGUGGGUUAGUGAAAGGCCACGCCUAUGCAGUGACCGAUGUUCGCAAGGUUCGCCUGGGACAUGGCCUGCUGGCAUUUUUCAAGUCAGAAAAGCUACACAUGAUCCGCAUGAGGAACCCUUGGGGCGAGAAGGAAUGGAGUGGACCCUGGAGCGACAGCUCAGAGGAGUGGAAGAAAGUGAGCAAGAGUGAGAGAGAGAAACUGGGCGUCACUGUUCAGGAUGAUGGAGAGUUUUGGAUGAACUUUGAGGAUUUCUGUCACUACUUCACCGACCUGAUCCUGUGUCGACUAAUAAACACAUCCUACUUGAGCAUUCAUAAGACUUGGGAGGAGGAGGUGAUGAGAGGCUCCUGGAUCCACCGAGACGACCCGCUCCGCAACCGUGCCGGAGGCUGCAUUAACCAUAAAGCCACUUUUCUUCAAAACCCACAGUAUGUUUUUGAUGUAAGAAAAAUAGAAGACGAGGUGCUGAUCUGCCUGCAGCAAAAGGAACGCAGAGCUACUCCCAAGGAGGGCAAAGGCGAGAACCUAGCCAUUGGAUUUGACAUCCAUAGGGUGGAGUUGAACAGAAAAUACAGAAUGCACUCAGCUCAGCAGAAGGUCGCAGGGUCGAUCUACAUCAACUCUCGCUGCGUGUUUCUGAGGAAAGAGCUGAAGGAGGGGCGUUACAUCAUCAUCCCUACAACCUUUGACCCUGGUCAACAAGGAGAGUUCCUGCUCAGAGUCUUCACUGAUGUGCCUUCAGACUGCAAAGAAUUAACACUGGACGAGCCUCCUCAGACAUGCUGGACUGGGAUUUGCGGCUACCCUCAGCUGGUCACCCAGGUGCAUGUGUUAAGUGCCGACGGCCUGCAGGGCCAAGACGCCAAUGGAGAGCUGCACUGCUUGAUCUCCCACAAGACACGCUCUGACUUCUACACAGGAGCCUCUGACCCGUAUGUGAUCAUCACCUGUGAGGGGGAGAAAGUUCGUUCCCCCGUGCACAAAGACACACGCUGCCCUAAUUUUGAUAUUAAGGGAAUAUUCUACCGCAAAAAGCCAAAGGAAGGCAUUCACAUCGAGGUGAGUUGGAAAUCUACAAUAAGAAUGUGAUUGUUGACACCUUCCUGGGUCAGGUGACCCUCUUUAGUGACCCUAACGACCGCCAAGAGCAGCACACGGUCUACCUUAAAGACAAGGGUAGUCGCCAAGACAACAACCUUCCAGGCACGCUGACUGUGCGUGUGAUCACCUGCACC